UGACGACAGUAACACUGCAACCUGGAGAAAGUUCGAUGUUGCUUUCACAUGCUGACAAAAUGUUAUAAUUGCAAUGACCCAUCAAAAUUUUACUGAGGUGACAUUUAUGAGAUGAAGAGCGUGAAAGCUAUCAACUAACAAAUCGUUGUCAGAAGUCGGACCUUUCGAGAAGCAGUGAAUACAACAUUAACUCGAGGCGGCACAUGCGGUCCCUUUGAAGUUGACUUUGCCGGCUGGACUUGAACCAACUUUUUGAGACUCAUGAGUGACUGUGAGGAGGCCCACUUCUUUUGGGAGUCUUGGACUUCACCUGUGAAAAGAAAAAGAAAAAAGGAAUCAAAGAAGAAUAAUAAAGGCCAAAAAUGCAAAAACAACAUAACCAUGAAGACAACUGAGAGCGUCCAGAAGAAGAAGAAGAAAAAGAAAAACCCCAAAUUCAAAGAAGCAAUGGAGAGAAGAAAGGACAAGAAGAAAGAGAAGAAAAAGAAAAAGAAAUUGUCUCUGGAUUUAGAUGACAGCUUUGUAUCUAUAUGUGGCAGCAGUGCUACUGUACCUACUGCACAAGCAAAAUCUGAAGCAUCGAAUCUGAGAAGCAGCACUGAGAAGCUAAACCCUGAUCAGCUGACUCAAGACUCCAAGAAGAAAACCAAAAGAAAAAAGAAAGUGAUGUUCGAUUUAUCACCCGGCUACAUUCAAGCCAAACGUCCUAAAUUCGUCUCUUCAUCUCCGCAGUCACCCAGUGAGAGCAUCCUCUCGGGGAACGAGGCUGUGAGAGAUGGUGAGAGGUGUUCGCAGGUGACAGACUCAGGACAGAACCAGGAUCAGCCACAUGAUAAUGACUCUCAAUGCAGCGGUGACAAUAUGAACAGCCAGGACCUGUUUAUCACCCAGAAGACGUUCAGAGGAUCCCCCUCCUACGCUUCUAGUGGUGAAGCCAGCGACAAAGCUGUUAUUACAACUCCACAAAUGUUCACACAGAGAGACAUGGAGCUAUCAGAGGGGCCACACAAAGCAAAUAGAAAUCCCAAAAAGGAAAAAUGGCCUUUUCAGACAUGGAGAGAGUUAAACCUCACUGAGGAGAAAGACGUGUCAUGUCCUUCUCAUGCAAGGCCCAAUGUGGUGAAUCCUUACCUGGACAAGCCGAUCGUGGUGAACACAUCCCUUGAUGUUGCAAAAUCUAAGAAACAUUCCUGUACUUUAAACCAACAGGCCUUUUCAUGCCUUCCCUACACACAUGAACCAUCCUUGCUUCCCCUAAUAUCCACAGCAAGCGCUUCCACCCAGACAGAAAACCUCUUCACCACUGAACUCUCCUCCUACCUCAACUUCUGUCAGAAAAGUAAAUCCACUGUAAGUUCUAAGGACUUGAAACCUUUGGACCUGAGCCUGCCGCAGAGGGUGAGAAAAGACCUCUGCAGCUGUUUGUCAGUGAAGAUGUCAGUGACUGAGCUCAAAGAUGAUGAAGAGAAGUGCGGUGACAAGAAACCGUCAUGCUUACUGAAAGACCAUGGUGCGUGGCUGUCCUGUUCUUCAGAGGUGAGGAAAGAGCCUUGUGGUCCACAGCUUAGGUCUGCCAGGGCCAAGAGUAAAGCUGAACCCACCCCAAGCCCCCAGUCAGAGUCAGAGCUCAAGUCUGCUGACACGACAACCUCCAGCGAGGACAACGAGCCCCCCUGCCGAAGCAGCAAGGUGGACCUGACCCAGGUCAGAGCAGUCCAGAUGAGACUCAACGAGUCCUUCUUUUUCAAGACAAAGGGAGAAGGACAGUCGCCCAGACCAGAGUCCCCACUGAUGAAACUGGCUCAGGGCAGAAACAUGAAAAGCAGGAAGGGACACUGUGGUUAUAUGAAGAUUUGUGGACAGUAACCUGUAGUUAUCAUUAGGCUGCCACUUUCUUCUUGACAACAUUUAAUAUCUGGAAGAUGAGUUCAGUGUUUUAGUAGCUUGGACUGAAGAAUACCAGGUGUCAGAUUAGCAGGUUAAUGUAAUUCAACCCUUAAUGCGGUGAAGUGCCUUUGAGCAGACGGGUGUGAUGUCACUGUCAGGACAUUCAGUCCCUGUAUGAUAUACAGUGGACAGCUGCAGCACUUAUGAUGGACGUCGUCUUUCACAGUCAACACAAAUUCUAUCCCGAAAUGAACUUUGUGGAAAUAAAAAACACAUUCCUUAUUGUAUAAGUGACAACUUUCUGUAUUAGUCAAUUGUUUUAAUUUUCAAGAUUUUAACUUUUCUAGAAUAUUGUUGGUUUAAGGUUCAUCAUACACACAGUUCUGUGUGAUUCACUCAUUUAUAUAUAAGUUUCAGUGGCAGAUCUUUUUUGAGUGUUAUCAAAAACUGUAGACAUCAAAUUGUAGUUCAUAGCUGUAUGAAAAUCAAUUAAAGUUGAUUAUAAAGGAA